UCAUUAUAAAAGUGGAUGUACUCGAAAUACAUAUUAAUUUCAAGCAUUUGCACUUCAUUUUAAUAGUUCUCAACGCAAUUAAAUUCUCAUAUUGGUGUUCAUUUCAUUUCAGACAAACUCAAAGCAGCAGGCAGAACAAAGUUGCGGACCUCAAUUGCCAAGCAGAUGUGGUAAAUCAAAAUAGAAACAAUAAUGCCCUAAGGAAACCGAUAGCCAUCAGUAGGCCUGUUGUACCGACGGAUAACAACAACCCCAGGAGUAAAAUGAUGUUGAAAGCUGACCCACCACCACAACAGAUAUCCAGAUUCACACUUCAGUCCACCCAACUACCCAGACCUGAACCAAUCAGAGUAAUUGAAACGAAAACCGCCAAAACUCUCGCCAAUAACAACAGGCGGGUGGCAGGGAUGAAUCAGCAGUAUGUAGAAGAAACCUCUUCCAAAGAUGGCUCUUUCACUGAAGACUCCGGAGUCGGAAGUCAUUUGAGUAGUUGUUUGGGUGAAUCAGAUGUAAUUAGAGGACUGAACCAGUUCGACGCAUCCCCAACUUUUGGGGCAAGAAGACAAAUCGGUCAAGUCAAACCUAGAAAUUUAGAAGUAGUGGUAACUGCAAAAAAUAUGUUCGACGUCAAAGAUUUGGAUGACUCAAACGAUUCUUGUGAUAGCAUUUCAGCGCCUCCUUUGCCUCAGUUGCCUAGCGCAUUUCAUUCCUCGGGAGACAAUAGAAACAAUUCGUAUCAGUCUACUGGCUUGGUUCGAGAACGCACUUUAGAGUAUCAGAGAUUGUUGGAUAGGGAUCAGCGAGUGCGAAAAGUAUCAAAAACUUCGUCCGAGGGUUUCAGCGAUGAUUACGGAGAGGAAGAAAAGACUUAUAGAGAUACGUGCAGGAAUGAGAAAACCUUCGUAAAACCGUUGUCGCAUCCGACAUUUCUCAAAUCUAGAAGUAAUCAGCUUAAGUGUGAUUCGAGUCCUCCUAGUUCAGAUGAACAAGAGUGGGCUCAUGGGGGUGAAGCGAUGGCAGACGACGUCAGUUUUUCUUUGAGUUCCAGUGAUGAAAGUAAAGACAAGAACCACGAAAGUUCCGUCCCGAUAUCUACGGUUGUGAUUGGGUCUGCAAUUCAAAGCUUGAUGAGCGGAUCCUUAUUUUUUAUAAAAAUAUAA